AAGGCAUUCAAUAACGUGCACGGUUUUGGCCUCUAAACUAAAUCAAAAUAUACUUACUUUUAGAGACUCCUCGUAUAGCUGGCCCUAUGACUGGAUUCUGCCCGUAGCGGCGUGGACUCUCUGGCAGUUUUGAAAAAAAGUUUUUAGGUGGAAUUUCAUGGAAUUUCCGAAUGUCUUUUUUUUAUUGUUUUGUUGUUGUCCGAGUGUUGUUCUAGUUUGGUAGUUGCUGACAUAGUCUGUUACGGGUAAGAAAUCGUCAAACUGGUUGUACUGAGGGGCUACCGCGAAAACAGAAAUUCGCAAAUUGCGGGGAUCUUUCUUUUUUACUCCUAUGAAGGCGUAAUAAGAGUGACAGAGAAAAAUGCCCCGAAUUUGCGAACGUCGAUUUUCGCGGUUAUAGCCCUGGACUUGUCUUAUCCGAAAUUGAAAGAAGUGCGGCAGAGCCUAUUGAUUAAGUAAUGCACAGCCAUUUCAAUAUUUAUAUUUGGGCAUUUACUUAAUUCCAGCUAAAAGGACCAUGGAGGAGUAUUACUCAUGUAGCUGCUGUCUGGUGCGCCCUCCGGACAAAGGCCUCAAGACACUAUACAAUCAUCUCGGCAAAGCAGAGAUAUAUUACGACAUGUUGAGAGAAUGCUUCGGUUUAAAUCUAAGUUUAGGAAAUGAGGAGUGCGGGAUCUGCGAGGUGUGCGUUGGCCGGCUGCGGGACGCGAGCGACUUCAAGCUGCAAGUGCAGCGCAGCCAGGAUGUGCUGCACAAGCGGCUCAUGGGAGCGGUCCCUGCCAGUGAUAAGUUAAAAAUCAAGUUAGAGAAAGCUACUGGAGAUGACGCCAUUUCGAGUGAAAUCAAACUGGAAAAGUCAGAGGUGGAGAUGGCUGAUGGCGAGGUUGUAUCAGUUGCAUUAUACGGAGGACCGCCAGCACCUUCGGCCCAACCGGUUCCUAGCGCGUCCAGCAGCGUUUCGUUCGCACCAGCUCCAAGUGUUACCAACCUGGACACCACCAAGCCGGCUUCGGCUUCCAAACGUGGCACACACACGUGCGACAUAUGUCACAAAACAUUCGACCACCAAGCUCGGCUCAAACUUCAUCGCCGCUCACACACUGGCGAGAAACCGUACUCGUGCAACGUUUGCGACAAAAGAUUUGUACAAAAGAGCCAUUUAAAUACUCAUUACGCAUACCACAUGGGAAAAUUCAAGUUUUCCUGCGAACUAUGCGAUACACGAUUCACUCAAAAAAAUCAAUGGGUCAUACAUAUGCUAAUACACACUGGUGAAAAACCAUUCGAAUGUGAUAUAUGCAAUAAAAAAUUUAGACAAAAGGGCAACUUAAACGUUCAUAAAAAAAUUCAUCUGAAAUAUGAUUACAAUCGCGUUGAGCCAGGAGAAAUAACUGCAUGUAAGAAAGAGUCGUCGGAAGAAUCGAAAAAUCAACCCGCAGAAUAUUUCACGUGUGAUAUAUGCAAAAAGCGAUUUGCAGAAAAAAGCAAUUUAAACGCUCAUAUAAAACAUCACUCUGGAGAUUAUCCGUUCACUUGUGACAUUUGCGAAAGGAGAUUCAAUACGCAGUCUCGCUUGGAUAAUCAUAAACUGGAUCACACGGGAGGAAAACCUUUUAAAUGUGAUGAAUGCAGUAAACAAUACACGUCGAAAAGUGCUUUAAGACUUCAUUCAAAAAUACAUACUGGGGAUUAUAGAUACGCGUGCGAUGUAUGUAAUAAACGUUUCAUACAAAAAGAUGUUUUAAGACAACAUAUGCGAGUACAUACAGGUGAAAAGCCUUAUAACUGUGAAAUAUGCCAAAGGAGGUUCCCAUAUAGAUGUGGCUUAAAGAGUCAUUUGUUAGUUAAACACAACCAGGUUAUGGACAAACAAUUUUGUUGUGAUAUUUGUGGGAAGCGAUUUGCACUUCAGGGGACUCUAGUCAAACAUAUGAAUAAACACGCUGAGAAGGCAAGGGGAGACAAGGCUAGACAGGAAGGAAGGAUGGAAGACCUAAAACCAUUUAUGUGUGAAAUAUGUAGCAAACGAUUUUCCACAAAAAGUAUUUUAAGGAAUCAUAGAGAAAUACAUAAUGAAGAAAGACCUUUCGAGUGUGAAGCGUGUCACAAAAAAUUCCAAAUGAAGAAAUAUUUACAAGAUCACAUGAAAGUGCAUGAUGAUUUUAAGCAGCAUGCAUGUGAAGUAUGCGGCCAACAAUUCAGGCAUAAAUCUGCCUUAACAGUUCAUAUCCGACGAAUGCACACCGAAAACAGACCCCAUGCUUGCGAUGUUUGUAAAAAGGCUUUUCCAGUACUUGCUGAAUUAAAAGCGCAUUAUCGGGUGCACACUGGUGAGAGACCGUAUGCUUGCGAGAUAUGCUAUAAGAAAUUUCCACGACAUAAUGGUGUUAAAAGACAUCUUAUACGAGUUCACCAUGAGAAACCUUCGAAAUUUAUUAAAUUAAAGGAAUUUAACAAUAUCAGUUGAAUUAGAACAACAUCCUUGUGAUCGCAAGGGAAAGACGAUUGUAACUUCAUGGAGAAAUGUAGUCUAAUUUUGUGAUGGCAUGUCAUAUAUUAUUAAAAUAUAAAGCAGGCCACUGACGAGCCUUCCAAAUGGAUGCCGUUACAAUGGAUUCAUCCAAAUGGACGGCAUCCUAAUAUUAAACAUUGUACGUUUUUGACAUACACGGACCGAUUUUGGAUUGCAGCCACGCUAUUUGGAUUGUUGGAAGGCUCGUCAGUGGCCACCUUAAUGCUAAUGGCUUAGGUCAAAGAAAGUUGGUACAUAUAUCAGUUGAAAAAUGGUGUCCUCAUACAAUUUGCCUAGAACCCUUGAAAUUUGUCUAAAAAGAACUGCAUACGAAGUUUUUUUUUUACUUAACUACUAAGGAUGGAAUGUUUCAAAAUUGUUGUUAUUUAUAUAAUGUUAUUUCACGCGCCAAUCCAUUGCGAAUCAGCCCAUUGGCUGAAGUAAUAAUAUACAUUACUUAAAUACAUUUUUUAUUUUCUAUUACACAUAUACAGGGUCAUUUUUGGACCGUUAGACAUAUUGUGCGAGGUGAUUAGGAAGGCCAUACUGAACAACUUUUUCUAUGGGACCAACGUCGAAUUCACAAAAAUUUUUUUGGCUGUUUCAUACAUCUUGGUCAAGUGGAUGUUGACGUUUUCUAUGGAAAGACCAAUUUUUUUUUAUGAUUUCGGGGUUGGUCUCAUAGAAAAAGUUCUGCAGUAUGACCUACCUAAUCACCUCGCACAAUAUGGCUAACGGUCCAAAAACGACCCUGUAUUAAGGAUAGUGUAACAAUAUAACUGUUACAAGUACCAUAUAUUAAGGAAGACUGGAAAAAGUGGGGGGAGACUUUGCCCAGCAGACAGCGGUGGGACAUUAUAGGCUCCCAAUAAUAAAAAAAAUAUAUGAAAUAUUUGUAUUGGUUAUACGUUUGGUUUUGCGAGCCACAUAAGGGCAUUUCAUAAUCCGGAUAAGAAUUGUCGAUGGAGUCGCCAUUGCCGGAUACGGCAAGGAAGAGUGCUGGAAUUUACAUAAAGAUGACGCGUCCACGAGCAUAUCUCUAAUUUGAUUAGAAUUUAUAUUAUUAUGAAUCAUAAUAUAUUUUCUGUUGUUUCUUUAAUAAAUCUAUAUUCUGUAGAACUUAUAAUCCUUCUCUAUGUAUAGAUAUGUUAUUUAUCUUUAUAAUUAUAUAUAAUAAACUCACA